CCAGAGCUGUGAUUUAAUUUCUGGGCACUAUGCAAUUUACUGUAACUCAGCUAGCUGAAUAAGCCGCGGUACCAAGGAGUCGCUAGCCUGCUAGAGCUCUACAGUAUUAACGAGGCUGUUGGAACUACCCUAUCGUGGCUCCACGUUUGUUUUUAGUUUCCUAACUUGAGGCUGAGUUUGGCUGAGGAUUGUGCUGGAGGAGGUAGAGGGGUUUGCUGACGGAUAACUCCAAAACCUUUUCAGAAUGGCGCAAUGUAACGAGCUAGCUACGCAACAACAGGAGUUGCUAACAUUUGGCUAAAGUUAGCUAACGUUAUCUUCUUUGACAUUCGCAUCGCUCUCUGUGCGUCCACGCGCAGUUUAUCACAGAAUGGGUGUGCGUAACUUAGGUAUUUUUGUUACUUUGACAUGAGACCAGUUGUCGGUAUAAUUGUGUUGGUGGGAUAGGAUGUAUGCAGCAUCUUGGGCAAUGUCAGCUAAAUAGACGAAAAAGUAACUUCCCUCAAAUAGUUGACCAAUAGAUGUAAUAUUUCUGGCUGAUCUUCGUAAGCGCCAUUCAUAGACACGUCUAGAGCUCUAUAACUGUUUUGAGGAGAAUGAUGUGGUCUUGAUAAAUUUCCACAAUAAAAGUAAUGCAAAUGUAUACGUCGACCGCGUUUUCUUUUACCUUUGUCUUAUGCAACUGGAAAUUGCUUUUCUUUUGGAAAGUUUAUUACUUUGGCUAAUAUUCAAAAGUUGAACGUAGUACAUAUUUUCAGGCCCUCCUCAGGUGAGCAGAAGCAACUGCGGCGGUCCAUGGGCGGGAUUCGAUGUUCACAUCGGAUAGGCUGUCGCUGAGUUACCUGAUGGAGUGACAGCUCGGAUGACAAAGAAAUGUAGAGAAGAUCAGAGUGCAGUGUUCUGAAUCGGAUAAUUCAACACUGUGCAGUAUGCUGAAUUCUGAUCAACGAAGAGCCAUCUUGCUUUACUCAGAAGAGGCCAGUGACGGUACCGUUUUGGAGACGAGCUAUGCCAGUGACAAGGCAUUUCAGCAACCUUAUUUUCAUUGGUGUUGAGGGAGCCGGUUCUGUUAUCACAGGCCAAAUCCGCUCCGUCUAGCUUAGCUCUGUGACUGUAGCUCCUCCUACCGGAGGAGUUUUGUAGGAGUCGGUUACUUUGGUUCCCAUAAUACUAGGCACAAUGGCCGCUGUAGCUUGGUCGUGUAACUGGGGCUGUGGAUGUUUAGAAAUCCAUUAACAUCGCCCUUAAACUAGGCCGGGUUGCUCCCCUGAGCCAAGAAAAAUAAACUGGAACAUAUUCUGCACAUGAAUAUAUGAUAAUUUCUAAUCAAUACCAAAACUACAAAGAGAUAAACUGGCAUAUUAAAGCGAACAUGUAAACAGUAGCUACCAACGGGGUCAAGUUUUUUUUUAGUUUGAGAGAGACUAUAUCCCGUUGAUAAAGGACUACGUUUGUUUCUGAAUUCAAAGGCAGUCAAAUUCUGGAUCUAAAAUAACUUAUCUAAUGUUAUAUGUCGGGCAUGGAAAGCCAAUUCAGUGGGCGACUUCAAUCUUUUUCCUUUUUGUUUUGACGAAAAACUGCUAGCUGGCUAGCUAGCUUCCUAGCAUCGCUAGCUGGCUAAACUACACACAAGGGGAGAGAGCAGUCAAAUACUCGUCUUGGGAGUUUAAGUUCUUGCUACAACGCCGCUGGAGAGGAAUUGGCGAAGGACUUUUGUAUCACCAGCAUAUUUUUUCCCAUAUCUAAAGACUCGCCUCUUGACCUGACUGGAAUGAGCUGGGGAUAAACCUUGAGGACAACGUGGGCUCACUUGAUUCGAUGUUUGUUUAGUGCUUUUGCUUGUACAACUGUUUCCAUUCUUUUACCGGAUGUUUUUUCUUUAAUUUUUCAACUCAGCGUUCAUGUAUUGUCUUCGAUACAGAGGUCCGAGGCUGGGAGAAGGACCGCUGCUGACGUGAGGAAUGCCUGGAUCAGACCGACAACAUGGGACCAAGAGAAAGCCGGAAUCCAGCAGCAGUAGCGUCUCUGGGCAACCCCUGCAACCUGCUUCAAGCGCCAACAGUGGGCCGCACAAAACCUCAGGGUCGCGUCACGGCUCUUCAGCUAACAUGACCAGUAAAGACGGGAAACCUCAGUCCAGGUCUCCGGGCUCGUCAUCUGGCUUGACUUCUAAGCACAAGCGGCAUAAGUCGUCGAGGCACGGCCGUGAGUCCUCGUCAGCGUCAGCAGAGGCCGCGGUUUUCACUGAACCGAGUCAUGCGCCUCCACCUGCAGUCGGCGCCAUCAAGCCACUAGUGGAGUAUGACGACAUAAGCUCCGAUUCCGACACCUUCUCAGACCCACCGGCCAGGACGGCGGAGAGGAGAGAUGACGAGCGGUCAGAAUCGUCAGAUUACUGCAGGGGUGAUAACGGUGGUGGGGCAGACGGGUCAAGAGACAGCCGGUCUCACAAACACCGGCAUUCCCGCAAAAAGCCCAAGGACCCACAAAAAGUGAGGGAACUGGCGGACGGGGGAGGGAACACGAAAAAGAAGAGCAGCAAGGAGCGAGACCGGGAGAGGGAGGGAAGGAGCAAGGAGAAGCUCUCCUCCUCCGUGCCAGGACUGAACCGACAAGAGACAGGUGUCUUGAAACGCAGCGGGGACUCUCCAUCCGCUGCCAUCCAGCCAGGGCUUAGCCUGGGGAGUAGCACUUCCUCAUCACGGAAUAAGGACGCCAGUCGGUCCAAGACCCGCAAAGACAAGCAGCACCGUGACAGCCGGAGCCAGGGCCGCAGCUCCUCCAAGGGGGAGCGCUCGGACAGGAGCCACCGCAAGUCCUCCAAGAGCCACAAGUCCAGCCCAAAGAUCAAGGCCUCAUCCCGGACCAGCCCACGCCGCAGACAGCAGACCUCGGGCUCCACUUUAUCUCCUAGUCCUCGAAGAGGGGACAGUCCAGUGGGGAUGGGGAUGUACGCCGACGUGGAGGACAUUUACUCAUCCAGGCGCAGGGUCCAGAGCCCUAGCCCGUACAGGGAGUCGGUGAGGAGGAGCAGACAACGCUCAGACAGUCCCUAUGGAUCUAGGCACAGGUCAUCCAGCUAUGAGAGGGACACCAGCCCCUACUCAUCUUCACGAAAACGGAUGUCUGUCAGCCCCUAUGGCAACAGGAGGUCCUCCAGUGCAAGUCCUAUGUCUAGACGUUCAGCUCGUUCCCGGACGCGUUCCCCACCGUACUCCUCGCGGCGCUCCUCGUCGCGCUCCCGCAGCAAGAAGCGCUCGUCGGCCGUGGGUGGCGGUGGCGGCGGCGGCGGCGGCUCUCAUAGCAGCCGUCCCGCCAGCCGCUCGCCCUCCUCCGCCCGCCUGCCCAUCGCCUCCAGCCUGGGCGCCGAGCUCAGCCGCCGCAAGAAGGAGCGCCAGGCCCUGGCCGCCUCCCGCGGCUCCUCCCCCUCCAGACGCACAGCAACCCCCACCAACCCCUCCUCGCGCAGCCUCCGUGAUCACGAUGCAGAGAUGUCGUCAGACCGUACCCCCAACCCCGUGGAGAGGUCCGCAACGUCGGUGAUGGCGCAACCCGCCGAUCCCCCUCCGCCUCCUCCUCCAGACGGCCCGGGGAGCGAAGCCACACUGGGCAAAGAGAACUCUGCUCCGCCUCCCCCUCUGCCUUCGCCUCCCCCGCCACUCCCACUCAACUCUCCCCCUCCUCUGCCGCUGAACUCCCCUCCUCCGCUCCCCCUCACCUCUCCUCCUCCGCUCCCUCCGUCUCCCGCCGCUUCCUCCCUGGCGGCCCAGGGCAAGGCGCGGCCCCGCUCCCCGGCCAACCAGAGCCACACGCGCAGUCCCGCCCACAAGGCUCUGCCAAUGAAAACCUCCACGCUGCCGCCGCUCCCGCUGCCUCCCAUGCUGCUGGGAGGAGAGAUCAGGGACAGCCCAAAGAAGAGCACCCCUCCUCAGCGCUCGUCCCGCCGUGAGAAGGAGAGAGAGUCUCGACCGCGCUCGCUCCUCAGCGACCUCCCCCUGCCCCCCACACAGCCCGGAGGAGACUCCUCGCCCCCACAGUCACCCCCGCAGCAGGCACUACCCCCUGUGCAGCCAACCUACAAGAAGAGACCAAAGUUCUGCUGUCCGCGGUACGGUGAACGAAUGCAGACCCAGAGCGACUGGGGAAAGCGCUGUGUGGACAAGUUUGACAUCAUCGGCAUCAUUGGAGAAGGCACUUACGGCCAGGUGUACAAAGCCAAGGACAAGGAUACAGGGGAGCUGGUGGCCCUGAAGAAGGUGCGUCUUGACAAUGAGAAGGAGGGCUUCCCCAUCACUGCCAUCCGCGAGAUCAAGAUCCUCCGCCAGCUCAACCAUCGCAGCGUCGUCAACAUGAAGGAGAUCGUCACGGACAAGCAGGACGCCCUCGACUUCAAAAAGGACAAAGGUGCCUUUUACCUGGUGUUUGAGUACAUGGACCAUGACCUGAUGGGGCUGCUGGAGUCGGGGCUGGUGACCUUCUCCCAUGAGCACAUCCGCAGCUUCAUGAGGCAGCUGAUGGAGGGCCUGGACUACUGCCACAAGAAGAACUUCCUGCACAGAGACAUCAAGUGCUCCAACAUACUGCUCAACAACAGUGGUCAGAUAAAGUUGGCAGAUUUUGGUUUGGCUCGGCUGUAUAACUCGGAAGAGAGUCGGCCCUACACCAAUAAGGUGAUCACACUGUGGUACCGCCCACCGGAGCUGCUGCUAGGGGAGGAGAGGUACUCCCCUGCCAUCGACGUGUGGAGCUGCGGGUGUAUCCUGGGAGAGCUGUUCAUAAAGAAGCCCAUCUUCCAAGCCAAUCAGGAGCUGCUUCAGCUAGAGCUCAUUAGUCGGCUGUGUGGCAGUCCCUGUCCCGCUGUGUGGCCAGACGUCAUCAAGCUGCCCUACUUCAACACUAUGAAGCCCAAGAAGCAGUAUCGCCGGCGCCUGAGGGAAGAGUUUGUCAUGUUGCCCACUCAUGCUCUAGACCUGCUGGAUAGAAUGUUGACGUUGGACCCCUCGCGCCGCUGCACAGCCGAACAGGCGCUUAACAGCCAGUUCCUGUGUGACGUGGAGCCCAGCAAAAUGUCCCCUCCUGAUCUUCCUCACUGGCAGGACUGCCACGAGCUGUGGAGUAAGAAGCGGCGCAGGCAGCGUGCGAGCGGGCUGCCUGAGGAUGUGCCUGUUCCCAAAGUGCCCCGCAAGGACCCUGCCGUCCCGCCCCCUAGUGGAGAGAACAGCCGGCCGCCUGCCAGCCCCCCGCCACCGCCACCCUCCGCACGCCCACCACCCUCCAACAUCUCUGCCAACGAGCUCGCAGGCCUGAAUCAGACGGAGCUGGCGGUGCUCCUGAACCUGCUGCAGGGUCAGACAGACAGCCUGCCCCAGAUGGCUCAGCUCCUCAACUCCAACACCAACCCCCCCACGCCCACCCGCCGAACUCCCACCUCCGCCAUCGCCCCCGCCUCUGCCACCGCCGGAGUAGCCGAGCCGCCCGCUGCCGGUCCUGCGCCCCCUCCCCCGCCACCUCCCCAGGAUUCUGACGCCACCCAACAGCUAGAGCUGUUGACCCAGACGCUCUCCUCCAUCCUCCAGCAGCAGCAGCAGCAGCAGCCGGCUGUGCCUCAGCCCGAGGAGCCCUCUCCGGUGGUGGUGGCGCGCCAGCCCCCAGAGCCGCCUCCGCCCCCCCAGCCCGGCGCCCCGGAGCCCGGCACCACCCAGCUCAGCCACGAGGACCAGGCCAGCCUGUUCGCCCUGCUGCUGGGGCAGCUCAUCAAGCCAGCGGCGCCCGCGGGGGCAGGUGUGGUGGAGCAGGGGUCUGACGACAGCAACGGCAUCCAGGCUGACGCCGCCGGGACCCGCAAGGAAGACACAUUGAGGAAACUGAAUGCCUCUGAGCUGAUGGACACUGACCGGCGUCCGCCGUCGCCGCCUCUCCCCCCGACGCAGCACAGACUCACGGACAACAUCAGCCCCACCAUGGCCACGGCGCUGCUGCAGCUCAUCUCCCAGCAGGACUCCCAGGGCAGGCCUCCUCCCCAGGAGCCUCAGCCCAGCCAGGAGCCGUACUCCCAGGCACCCCCCAACGCUGUGCCCCCUACCUGGUCCAUGCCCGCCGAGAACUCUCCCCACGCCAGAUCCAUCCUGCCCACCCAACCCCAGCAGUGCGACGCUAACUCCACUACUAAUGUGACGGCUAACGCUACAUCCAGCUCCAUGCAGUUCCCCAUGGACCAGGACUUCCGUUUUACCCAGAUGGGUCCACCCUGAGCUGGGAAUGGCUACUUUAAAAGAAAUAAAAAAAGAACACUGGGGCCGAGGACCACAUGUGGAUGGAGAUCGGCAGCGAUGGAGGACAUGUAGGCUCUGGUCUGUCUUUAUCAGAGCUAUAUGCUGGGGGUGGGGGGGGAAAUGUUGCUGUUAUUCUACAUCCUGAACAUCAUCUUAUCUUUCUCACUCCUGCAGUUACCCCCCUUCCCCCCCUAAUCCACCACCAGGACACAUGAUCAGCAGUUGUUUUUUUGGACAGUUACAGUGAACGAACGACAAGAAUUUGAAAUAGGUGAAUGUCUGUUUAUGGCUAUGCUAUUGUGCACCAUUUCAAAAAAAAAAGUGCCACAAGGGAUUUACGUGGCAUCAAGGUGCGUUCGAUAGCAAACAGGACUUGAUAUCUUUUUGGGGUAGUUUAUUAAAAGUGAGUCAAACAAUGGACGUUUGAGAAAGCCAGAGAGAGAGAGAGAGCGAGCGAGAGAGAGAGAGAGAGAGAGAGAGAGCGAGCGAGAGAGAGAGAGAGAGAGAGAGAGGGGCAGUGGGGUAGCAGAUGAAAUUUGUUUGCUUUUUAAAAGACAAAAAAAUCCAUUUUGAAAUACAUUUAUGAACCUUUUUGCUCUUGUGCCUCCCUCCCGCGUUACUCUCGUAACUCGUAUGUUGCAUCUGUCUGGCAUUCAAUGCUUUUGUUAGUGUGUGUUCAAUGCACCGGCACUGCUGUUUUGAGAAGAUUGCUCAGCUCAGUUGCAAAUGAGGUUCCUUAAAAAGUCACUGAGAUCCGAUCGUCCCUGUUCUUUUUUUGUUUUUGGUUGUUUUUUUUUUCGUUAUCUCCUGCUAACCCUUAUUCCUUUUUUUAUCACAACUGGCACUAAAUAUAUAGAAACUCAGACGACUGACUGACAUGAGGAUGACCCAUAGAAUACCAAUCACUCCAUUCUCUGUGCACGUUCAGUCAUUCCGCCCAGUUCAUCUAAACCAGAUUGGCCCCCACUAUUUUCUCCUUGUUAAAAAUAAAAAAUCUGACAAAAACCUAAUUAUGCUUUCUCCAGCAAAAUUAUGAAGAAAAACAGACUGAGUUAAAUGUGGUUUCUAUGAUAUUUUGUAAUAUGUAUUUUUUUUCUUUUCUGUUGAUUAAAAGAAAUCAAUUGAAAUCA